UGGAGCAGCGGCUCUCGGUCACCGAGCAUCGAACAGUCGCACAGACGCAGAGGAACCUUCUCACUUCUCCGAGUGACUCCUCUCCUCCUCCUCGUGUCUCCCCCUGUUUCCUCCGCGGCCAAUGAGACGCCCUCAGAUCCGCCUGUGAGCCCCCGGAGCCCCGCAGAGAGACGCGACACCGACCGAGUGGACUUUUCCUUCUUCUUCAACCACAAACAUCACACUCCUGCAGAACAGCUGUUUUCUUAUCUGCGUGACGCCCAGAGGAGAUCAUCGUCCCGCACGCUCCCGCAUCUCUGUCUGUAGCUGACUCACUUCACUGCGCUCAGGAACAAUGGCGGAGUACAGCUCUCUGCUCAGCGACCUGUCUGAAAACAUCACCAACGAGGACCUGGAGCAGCUCAAGUCGGCCUGUAAGGAGGACAUCCCCGAGGACCAGAGCAACGACAUCACCUCCUCCAAGGAGUGGUUCAGCUACCUGGAGAAGAAUGACAAGCUGGCCCACGAUAACCUGUCGUACAUCGAGCACAUCUUCGAGAUCUCGCGGCGACCGGACCUGCUGACGAGGGUGAUCGAGUACCGCACCACCGUGCUCAAGAUCUCCGAGGACGACGAGAUCGACACCAAGCUCACACGCAUCCCGUCGGCCAAGAAAUACAAAGACAUCAUCCGCCAGCCCUCUGAAGAUGAGAUCAUCAAGUUGGCCCCUCCCCCUAAAAAGGUGUGAGGGUACGACUCCCCAGCCCUGAUCGUACAACUUGAUCUCUUCACUCCUGGCACUCUAAUCAACCGACCAACCAAUUUCUGACCAGCCCCAUCACCCCCACCCACCCAGGCUUCACCCCCAUCACACUCCUCACACACACACACACACACACUUCUACACACACAUCCAGCCACGCCCACUUCCUCCCUGCACUAACACAGAACCACACAGGCAGCCGCCUACCGACAAAGCAGCCAAUCACAUCGUGGCGUUUGCAGCCUCCUCCCAAGAUGAGGGAACACGGGAAGCUGCAGGGAAAAAAGACGAUAGAAGAAGAAAUCUGGAAACGGAUCGACAGUGUGUGUGUGUGUGUGUGAGAGAGAGAGAGAGAGAGAGAGAGAGAGAGAGAGAGAGAGAGAGAGUCCUGGAUUUAAUGCUGUUCAAACUGUGAUGCAGUGUGUGUGUCUGUGUGUGUGUGUGUGCGUGUGUGCUGUGUGUGUGUGUGUGUGUGUGUGUGUGUGUGUGUGCAUGACAGUCGAGGAUGUGACGGUUAAAACAAAGACGACAUCCACACAUUUGAUUUUGAAAACUACAAACUUCAAAACUUAACAACGAAAGGAAAUUUGAAGACGUGUUUGUACGUGAUCACGACAACGUGACUCUGCAGAUUUCUUUUUUUUACUUCACCUUGAAUGUGCAAAAUUAUCAGAAACUUGCCAAACUGAAAACUUCUGGAGAUAAAAUUUAACAAAAAUGUUUAAUAGUUUAAAUGAUUGAAAACAAUUUUUUAAAACAAAACUCAAGUAAAUGAAAAUUAAGUUAGAAGAGAGCUUCAUCUAAAUGGUUUGUUUCCACAACAGCGCUAAUUUUAGUGUAAAGCUGCAAUAUUUGUUUGUAACGUGAAAGGAUUCGAAAUUUGCUCAUUUGCUUUCUGGCAAAUAAGCAAAUUUCCCCAAAUGUCUAACUCCCGUGUGGUUCAUAAAACAUCUGUUAUCAAGUUGCCAUGAGUGAUAAAACAUAACUUUAUCUCAAAAGACUCGACAGUUACGAUGCAUUCCCUUUACUCUUAUGCAGAUUAUUAGAUCGUGUUUAAAGAGCAAAAAAAAAAAAAAAGUCAUAUUUUAGAGGAAAAUAUUUAAAGUUUCAUAGGAAAAGCCAAUAUUUGCCUUUAGCUUAUAGCCAAGAGUUAUUUACAGAAAAUAGAAAUCAAAGCCGUUCUUUCUAUAGGACGGACGCUCCCGGUCCAGAGGUGGUCACACGUGUAAAUAUACAAAUAAUAUAUUGAAAGAAAAUAUAGCAGAAAUAAUUUAUCGACGUGCCGUGUGUGUUCCGUAAAGGGGACGCAGCAAAAAGCAGCAAAUUCCCACAGUACGUUCAGUUUCAUUUUCCACCAAUUGAAACAAUUCGGAGCCGAUAUGCGAACAAAUUAAGAAGAAAAACACCUCGGACGACAUUAGAGAAAACAAAGUAUAUUAAAAGUAUAUUUUGAGAGAUUACAUCGGAUGUUAUAUUUAAAGUGUGAACAUGACGCGACACGAAAAGAGACAAAUUACCAACGUUUCUUUCACCCGGUUUUUUGUUUUGUUUUGUUUUGUUUUGUUGCCAUUUCAUUUGUUGCACAGACAAUAACUGACCAGAAUGUGAUUUCUCUUUGAAUCAAAGGCAGAGGAAGGAAACGGUAAAACGAGGGGAACGUGUCAAAAAGAGAAUUUUGGAUUUCUGAUGCACUCGGCGGCUCGUGACCCGCUGACUCGGCCGUUCCCGCCACGAUAGCGACUGUUGAAACUUGACUAAAAUAACCGCUCUUUUGAACACUGUGUCUCUUUCUCCCCCGACGAAGCCUUAGCCGACUUUGCAUUCACCCCAAAAAUUGUUCACGGCUGCGUGAGAUUGUGCGUGAGGCGAGCGCGGUUAGUCAAAACGACUCUCGCUUUUUAAAGAGAGCGUUGCUACUUUUAUUUUGAAACUUGCUAAGGACUUCGGUGUCGGUCUGUGGAUCUGUUUAUAUAGUCAUUUAUCCCAGCCUUAUAACCCCUCCUCGACCCCAGUGCCAACGACCAAGACUUUUGUUUCGAUCGCAGCGUUUGCGAUCGCUUCUCUUCUCUUAUUUUGUAGUGCUUGCCGUAAACCGUCGUGUUGAACUGAUUUGUGUUCUAUGCAUUUUACGUCUGUGGGGAAAUUCUGCACUGUCACGUACCUUCGAGAACAAACCACGCAAACAACGGACUGAGCGCUUUCAUUGUGACGAGACCAGAUCACGAUAUUCUUGUGUUGAAUUUGUGUGACGCAUGUGCUCGCUGCAGUGGCACUUGACAGGAGGACUUAGAAGUUUGUCGUUUCUGGAGAAAUUAAACACUUGCUUAUUAUACAAUGUUCAUCGUUUGGAACUGGGGGAAAAAACUUGUAGAGGCCAACACACGUUUUAGUCUUUUGCAGGAAAAGUCUUAAUGUACGAAGACGUCCGAUCGUCGUCUGAUGCCUGAACACGAGCGGCGAGGACGUGUUUCUCUCCAUCGUGAGACCAUCUGGUCUGUGAGACUGUUAGAACCUGAGAUUAAUCAAAUGUUUGACUCGUCGGAGAAACUCACAUUCAUAUAUUAGAAAACUGCAAAACCCUUCAUCAUCAUAAAACAGAGUGUUUUUACCCGGGUGGACUUUCCCCUCAGUGUCCCGACUGUCCCUUCUCACUUGGCCAGACCCCAAGUGAAGCGGUAGCUGCCCCCGUGGUCUGAGCCUGUAGAACACAACCUGGGGUCAAUCACAGGGCGGGGCCAGUCCCACUUACUGCUAUGACCUCUGGGUAAAGGUCGUCCCCCCCACAAAGCAAAAGGGCGAAUUUCAGCUUGUGUUUCCAUUCCUGUACAAAUAUAUCAGCGAAGGAGAAGUCGGGCCAUUGUGUUUUAUUUUUCUUCGUUUUGAUUUGAAGUGCUGUGUGAAUAGCAACUUGUGACUUUAGGUGUUUUUGACCAAGUGACUUUUAUUCCAUUUUAUUUCAUUUAGUUUUACUCAGUAGGUGAUGUUAGUGAGUCUGUGGUAUUUUGAGUAUCCGAUAUCUGUACACAUCAAAAUAAAUCUAAAGAAUCCCGACUGCCUGAUGCUCUGGAUUCUCCUGGUUGACGCUGACGUUAAAACGUCUGAUUCAGGUUAAUCACUGAAGUACUUAAGAUUCAUCCGAACAUGGCCGUGCUGCACCCCCGUUCUCAUCACCAGGCAGAUCCCAUGUUUGUGUUGCUCAGCGUUUUCCUCCGUAGCCACUGGCACAUAAUAUAUCAACAUAUCAGUCACUAAUGAUGUCAGAAUUUGGAUUUCCAUGUACCGAGUACAUAUCAACUUAGUGAACGCUGCAAAGUACAAACCUACUAAAAUACGUGUCUGUAUUUACGGUGAAUACCUGAAUAUAACCGAUAUGUGGGUGUAGCCACAGUAGAUGAAGUAGGACGUGAAGAGCCAGAUCCUGUGUCGAGGUUUUUCACAUGUAAAACUUAACAAUUAAAAUCCAGACAAGAUUCUCAUUCCCCCUUAAGGAUAAGACUGUGUUUUCUUUCUUCGUUUUAUUAGGUUGUAAAUAUGUAUUUUGAAUAUAUAUCCCUGUGUUUGUUUUUGAAAAUGGAUUAAUUUAUUUAAUGCCUGUGUGUUGUUGGUUUUACGUGUCCUGGUUUUGUUUUUACUAACUGGAAACAAGUCAAUGGGAUGAAAAAACCUUGAGUUGAGCAGAACCGGCAUCGACACUUUUAGAACACGUUACGUUUCUGCUGUUCGGGCUGUGGCUGAUUGUUCUGCAACAACGAGACGAAAAAAAAAGAAAAUGCGUUUCUCAUUUCAUUGUAUUAACGGACGUGUAACAUAUUAUGUUUUACUGUGUCGUACUUGAUCAGAUGUGUGGUGGUCACUGCUUGUAAAAUGAUUUUAUUCAGAGUUUCCGAAUCAUGACAAAAGAUAAGAGCGCUCACAAAAACCCAUCACCCGCCAUUUUGUUUUGUAUGUGUCGUCGUGUCACUCGCACAUCGCACCGCAGGAAACUGAGCGAGGAUCGGGUCGCACGCCGUUCGUCGCGAUGCAGAGAAAAGAUUUCAGACCUUUGAGAACAAUUAACAAACAGGUUUCAAGUAUUUUCCUCUUUCUACUCGCUGGAAGAAACUAACUGGGUAAAAAGAAUCUGUUCAAUAUUGAAUAAAUAAAUGAUUUAAUUGUGUAUAAGCAACUCAGCAAUAAGUACUUUUAUUUAGUUUAAGAAGAUCCAGAAACUGGAGUUAGAUAAAACUGCUGAAAGAAUCUUGACACGUUAGCCAACUAAUUAAAUGACAAAAUAAAGAUUUCUAAAACAAAAUGAAAUAAAACUUUAAAAAAACACGAUCAUUUAAUAUCAAAUAUUGAAUUUCGUGGUUGAUUUAUUCAUUUUUUUUGCGUCAUUUCUUUAAAUAUACUGUUUAUAUAUUUAAUAUUGAACAAUUGAGGCUCCAUAGAUUUACUGGCUACGUUUAGUUCUGAAUGUUUUAAGGCGACUGGUGAGACGGGACGUGAUGAAGAGUGAGGAGGUGGAUGCAGAUCAGUGGAAGUAGUGACGAGUAGUUUUUGAGGUUUUGUAGCUUAGAGAUAAGAAACAUCACGUUGUACAGUGGUGAGAUCAAAGGCUUAACGAGGCUCGUUAACGUUGUGAAAGUCGGUCGCGUCGAGGCGAGUCGAGUCGAGGCGAGGCGAGUCGAGCAGCUUCCAACCGCCGCGGGAGAAGUCGCUGGACGUUCCUGAAUAUUGUGAAAACUUAUUUUAUGUUUUUUCCUUUUAAAUUUUGGCAAAUACAAGUUUACAUUUCCUGCACACAAAAAAAAGCAAAGUUCCACAAUCUUAAUGGGUAAAAGUGCCAACUUGUUCUGAUCGCAAGCUGCUGGGGAUCAUGGCCUCACGCUCGACCUUUGGCGACUUCUCGUGAUCUUUGCGUCGGGUGUUUUCUGGCGCGUGUGUGUUUUGCAGUUGAGGAAAAUAGAAGCUGAUUCAAAGUCUGAGCUGAUGUUUCUAGCUGGAGAGGUUUGAUCCGUCUCCGUGGUAACAUGAGGUGACAGGACAGAACAGUCUAAUUAAGGUGUGAGCAUUAAACAGAUCAUCUCUAAACCCCUGAAGAGUGAAACCUCCAACCUCCAAGCGUUGAAAUUCUUUAAUCUCAGCUGCCAACUUGACCUUUAACGUCCUCGAUGUGAAAUUGAACGAUAGAAUAUUGUGAAAAUACGAAAUGCUGCAGGUCUGAUAAGCGCAGUGGGAUGUUCUCUGGUGUUUUAUCUCGUAACGCGCUCCGUCGGUUUAGACUUGUUAUCCUAAACAAUGUGAUCGUGCGGUUACACCCGUUGGCCGACGUGCACGCGGCUGAUUGGCUCAGAGACGACGAAGCGACCCAGCGAUGGCGGCGGCGAGGAGCGUCAUCACGUCACUCAUACAUUUUCCACGUACAGCUCACCACGUGAACCCAGUCGGACGCCAUGGACUCAAUGCUGUUAGAAACUUUUGCUAAGAUUUUCCUCUCACGGGGCAAAAGACGCACUUAAGGAUUUAUUUUGCAGCGACUGCAAUGAAAUAUGACAUGAGGUGUUAUUAAAGAUAAAUUCAAAGAUGUGGCUUUUUGUCAUGAUUUAAAUGAGACUGAACUGAAAUUAUGCCAUUGUCAUUGUGCUAAAAUGAAUAUAAAUAUUAUAUAUUAAAAUAUAUUUGCUAACCUA